AUGCAGGUGAUGAACCACCCGGGCGCUCCCGAGUCCGCGAUCCAAAUCCAGAAGAAGUACGACCAGGACAAGAACGGCGACCGAUACCACCGCCAGAUCCGCCAUUUUCUGCAAGAGCACCGCAAGAAGCAACGGGCCAACUUUGCACAGCAGCAGCAGCCGCAGCAGCUGGCUGCAGGCAACAACGACGGCAUGGAAUCCGGAGGCGCCCUUGGGCAGCCAGCAGGUGGCCUCUUCAUGCCCUCCGGCAGCGACAUGCUGAACGGAGAGGGUCCGACCAUGGCCCCGUGGGCUGGUGGAGGAGCAAGGGAUGACAUCGGCGACUCGGUAGUAGGAGCGGGUGGGCUUGCCGGUGGAGCCGGCGACAUCGAGCCUCCCCUUGAUCAGGCUGGCAGGUGGUGCGACGUUGACGGCAUUGUCAACAGCCCCAUUCCUACUGUGGCCGGAGCGCUGGGCGUUCCCCCUCCCGGCGUCGACAUGGGAGGCACGUCAUCGUCCCUGCAGUCCGGGCUCGGAGGGCUCACGCUUGACGGCGGCGGUGUCGGCCAGCCGUCGUUGUCGAACUAUCAGCAGCAGCACCUCGAUAGCCAGCAGUUCCACAUGGCCCAGCCGCAGCAGCAGCGCUUCAACCCGCAGCCCGGCGGUUUCAUGUUUCAGCAACCCCAGCAACAUCCCUUCGGUGACCUUGGAAACCCGGGCGGCGGAGGACCGCUUUCGGAGGUGGGCUUGAUAGGCAUGAACAACAACAGCAGCAGCGGCAACAACAGCAACAGCAUUCCGCUUCGCCCCGAUGCGCAGCAACCGUCCAUGACCAUGCCGGCCGGCGGCGUUACCGUCGGUGAUCAAGUCCCUCCAGGCGACGGUGGCGGUGGGAGCGGCAGGUUGGGGGGGGUGUACGGAAGUGACGGUGGUAGCAUGCCCUUUUCGCCAUCCUCCACGUCGAAUCCCCCCGGUUCUGCUAACGUUGGCCCGCUGAGCGGCAUGCCGGGAGGGGGCGGCAGGGCUCAGCCGGAGCCCCAGUUCUCCCUCGGGGGCGGCGGCGGCGGCGGCGGCGGCAGCGGGUACCCUGUCGGCCCCGGUCCCGACAGCGGCCGGCUAUUCGGAGAGGGAGGCGCGACCGCGGACGGUCGCGGUGUGCAGGACAUGAACGCGCGCCGCCGCCGCGUCGACGAUGAAGGCGGUGUCGGGGGAGGGGGGUGUCGGCGGUGGUGGUGUCUCCCGCUCCCCGGUGCAGACGGUCGUGGCGCCGUCGGAGCAGGGGGAGUGGGUCAUGUACACGUCCAAGGAGAACGGCAACAGGGCCUACUGGCACAACGCCAAGCUGAACCAGACGUACGGAUCAACGUCGCGACGGGCAAAAGCAUGGGGUUUGGCAACCUUGGAUUCCCGCUCGCGUUGUGA